GUCCCUGAAGGCAGCACCGUGUCCAGUACUGAGUGAGCAGCUCCGGAUGAUCAGAGCACCAGAGCGGACUGAGAGAGAGACUGAACCGCUGCAGGAGCAGGAGACACGGCGGCACGAUCGGAUCACUCUAUCGGAUACUUAACAUCUCUCUCUUAAACAUUUCCUCUACACCCGGGACAUGAAAUCCUCCUUUUAACCGCGUUAAAACUUUUACUCUCCAGCCCAAGAUGACGGUGGAUUUUGAAGAAUGUAUUAAAGAUUCACCCCGGUUUAGGGCAAAUAUCGAUGAGGUGGAGACAGAUGUUGUGGAGAUCGAGGCUAAACUGGAUAAGCUGGUGAAGCUAUGCAGUGGGAUGAUUGAAGCAGGGAAGACGUACGUCAGUGCCAACAAGCUCUUCGUCAACGGCAUCCGGGAUUUGUCUCAGCAGUGCAAGAAGGAUGAGACGAUCUCGGAGUGCCUGGAAAAGUGCGGUGAAAGCCUCCAGGAAAUCAUCAACUACCACAUGAUCCUGUUUGAUCAAGCUCAGCGGUCUGUAAAGCAGCAGUUGCACAACUUCGUGAAAGAAGAUGUACGGAAGUUCAAGGAGACCAAGAAGCACUUCGAUAGGGUGCGUGAGGAUCUGGAAAUAGCGCAGGUGAAGAAUGCUCAGGCGCCAAGGAACAAGCCUCACGAGGUGGAGGAAGCCGCCGGCACGCUAAGCAUUACUCGCAGGUGCUUCCGACACCUCGCUCUGGACUACGUACUACAGAUCAAUGUCCUCCAGGCAAAGAAGAAAUUUGAGAUCCUAGAUGCUAUGCUGUCCUUCAUGCACGCCCAGUACUCGCUGUUCCAACAGGGCUACAACCUGCUGGAUGAGAUUGACCCGUACAUGAAGAAACUGGCUGCUGAGCUGGAUCAGCUGGUGAUUGAUUCAGCCAUGGAGAAGAGGGAAAUGGAGCAUAAACAUGCAACCAUUCAGCAGAGGACCCUCAUGGAGGACUUUUCGUAUGACGACUCUAAGGUGGAGUUCAACGUGGAUGCUCCUAACGGUGUGGUGAUGGAGGGCUACUUGUUCAAGAGGGCCAGCAAUGCCUUUAAGACUUGGAACAGACGGUGGUUCUCCAUACAGAACAGUCAGCUGGUCUAUCAGAAGAAGCUCAAGGAUUCCCUGACGGUGGUGGUGGAAGACCUGCGGCUGUGCUCUGUUAAACCAUGUGAGGACAUCGAGAGGAGGUUCUGCUUCGAGGUCGUCUCCCCCUCUAAGAGCUGUAUGCUUCAGGCCGAGUCUGAGAAGCUGAGACAAGCGUGGAUUCAGGCAGUUCAAGCUAGCAUUGCGUCAGCCUACAGAGAGAGCCCAGACACCUACUAUAUAGAGCAUCUGGACAGAACGGCGUCUCCGUCCACCAGCAGCAUCGAUUCGGCCAGUGAGCCGCGGGAGCGCAGCGUCCGAGGGGAGACCAUCCUGCAGCGGAUCCAGUGUCUGCCGGGGAACGAGCAGUGCUGUGACUGUGGACAGGCCGACCCUCGCUGGGCCUCAAUCAACCUGGGCAUCCUGCUGUGCAUCGAGUGCUCCGGCAUCCACAGGAGUCUCGGAGUUCACUGUUCCAAGGUUCGCUCGCUCACACUGGACUCAUGGGAACCAGAAUUAUUAAAGUUAAUGUGUGAGCUUGGAAACAGUGUCAUCAAUCACAUCUAUGAAGGCUCAUACCAAGAACAAGGUCUAAAGAAACCAUUACCGUCCAGUUCAAGGCAGGAGAAGGAGGCUUGGAUUAAAUCAAAGUAUGUAGAGAAGAAAUUCCUGAAGAAGCUGGGCUCCACAGAGAUUCUCAUCAACGGAGAGAGGAAGUCGGAGCGGCGGUGGAGCGUGAAGAAGUGUCGGAGACACAACAGUGCCACCACGGUACCAAAAACACGGCGAAGAUACCGACAAGAGCCUGGAAGCACCUCCCCGUCCACCCUCUCCUCAGCAGCUGCUAAGUUCAGACGAGACUCCCUGUUUUGUCCCGAUGAGCUGGACUCUCUCUUCUCCUACUUUGACACAGGAUCCGGCCCUCGAAGUCCGGCAGGCCUCAGCAGUGACAGCGGGUUGGGAGGCAGCACAGAUGGCAGCACGGACAUCCUGGUGUUUGGCUCCGUGGUGGACAGCGUCACAGAGGAGUGUGAGGUGUCGGAGGACUCGAGUGGCGAAGCAGAGCUGGAGGCCGAGCCGGAGACGUCAGACCCGGAGGACAUGAGGGACCUUCAUCCCGGAGCGCUGCUCUGCAAGGCCUCGAAAGCCCGCAACCUGCCCGUCAUGGCUGAAGCACUGGCCCACGGGGCGGAUGUCAAUCUGGUCAACGAUGAAGACGAAGGAAAGACGCCUCUCAUACAGGCUGUGAUCGGGGGUUCAUUGAUCGCCUGCGAGUUCCUGCUCCAGAACGCUGCUGACGUCAACCAGAGGGACGCCAGAGGGAGGGGCCCCCUGCAUCAUGCCACAUAUCUGGGACACACGGGGCAGGUGUGUUUAUUCCUAAAACGGGGAGCUACACAGAACGACGGAGAUGAGGAUGGCCAGGACCCUCUGAGUAUAGCUGUACAGCAAGCCAAUGCAGAUAUAGUCACACUGCUGCGUCUGGCCAGGAUGAAUGAGGAGAUGCGGGAGUCGGAGGGACCCUUUGGACAGCCAGCAGGAGAUGCCACAUACCUUGACAUCUUCCGAGAAUUUUCCCACAUGGCAUCCCACAACCCGGAGAAGCUGAAACGAAGGAGUGUGCACUUCCGACACUCCUUCAGGUAGUCUGCCAAUAAGAGUCUGGAGAGGAACAAAAUCAUGUACUUGAAAAGUGCAACAGACACUUUCCAUAUAUAGUCACAAUUGGGGUUACAUCACAAGAAAACCUGAUAGAAAAAGGAUCUUAUCUUAUCAUUUAGUCAGUUUUAUUCCACAGCAAAAUAAUCACCUUUAAAGUGCAUUAAAGUGAAGAAAUCGUGGCAAUUUUUUAUGCUGUUAUUCAUUAUCAUUCAAUUUUUUACAAUAGCUGCAUUAUAUCUGCAAGAGUCUUGUGCUGUUCUUAGAUCAAUCUUUUAUUUUGAAAUGAGGAUUUGCUGGUCUUUUCCUCUUAAAUGCUUUUAUAAAUAAAUAUAGCAUUGCUUUUGUACAGUGUUAGAUGAAACUUUCUGGAUAAAAUGCCAAGCACUUGUUUUGUUAAUUUUCUUUGAUUUUGUUGGUAUAAGUCAUUUGUUUGCUGCAUCAGUUUCAUUAUUGGGAUCAACAUGUUUGAUUCAUUGAAGGAUUUUUCUUCUGUGUGUGUAAUGCAUGCAUUUACUCCCAUUAUAUUUCAUACUUAAACUUGAAUUCAGCUUGUAUGGAUAAAGAGUGUCAUAUCAUCAUUAGUUAUCAUCAUCAACAAUCUUGAAGUCGCAAUGUUAUUUCUCUUGAUGAGCAGUUUAUUUUGUUAUGAAAUAUGUUUUUUUUCAUGGACUAUGCUGGUAUAGUCUUCGUAAUGUUUUGUUUAAAUGUACUUUGCAGUACCACUAUGAAAUGCAGUGCUUAUGUUACUGUAUACAUGCUGUAGAAGCAAACAAAAUGCUAAUAUAUCUGAAUGAACAGGAAUGCAGAUAAAGGAUGGAUGAAAAAUAAACAUUGUGUUUACACAUACA